AUGUCGCUAGAUAUCUCUUGGUCUUUGCUGGACUCUGCACUAGCCUCUCAAAUCCAAGAAAAGCUGAACCAAGCUCUUUUGCGCACCACUAGGCCCUCUUUCCUAGGUCCCAUCAAGAUAUCUCAAUUGGAUUUCGGCAGCGAUGCGAUGGAUAUCACUUUGGUGGACGUGGGCGAUGUCUGGAGAGAUUUCUCUGGCGAAGUACCGCUAGGCCCGGGCGGAUCACCUUUGCGAGAAUCGUUGGGCAUGAACUCGCAAGAGAAACAAAAGGAACAACAAAAUUUGGGUCAAGAUGAUUACAGAACCAGGGCGUCAUCUUUCGAUAACGCCAUGGAUCCGUUGCGUAUGCACGGCGAUCGGAAUGUGAAGGUGAAGCAUCACGCUCCUCGACCGGCCGGAUCUAAACCAGGUCAGGGUCUUGCCCGAUUUGCUGAGCGCAAUCUUCCGUUCGCGGGGGGCGCACAAGCAGCGUCUUACGCUCAAGCUCAAGCGAAUCCUCAUGCGGAUGCCCAAGGUGUCGGGGCGGAAUUCGAGAGAGGUCCGAGGAUGCAGACGUACAGACAGUACGGACGAGGUGCUCAACAUCAUCAUCCCAACGGCACGGGUACGAGCCAGUACGAUAGGGAUAGUAAUUGGGAAGGCGCUAGCCUGGUCGGCACGCCUGCUCCUUCAGGCUAUGGAGCUUGGCCAGGCGCAGGUCUAGGCUAUGCCAGAACACCCGCAAGCGUAGGUGCAGGUGCAGCUUAUGGCUAUUUUCCAAACUUUUCCCUUCUAGCUGGCCGUGCAGCGAGUGCCGGUGCUGCAGGUAUGGGUCGAGUAGAUGCUUCGAGCCGCUUGGAAGCACAAACAGCAGCGAGGGAAAGUCCAGAGGCUUCACCCUCUGUCUCACCCUCUGCUCCGCAUCCUAUCCCUAUCCGCACCCGCCAGGCGCGUCAACAAGAGCAAGAGCAAGGCCUCUCGCAGCCCGAAGCGGCUACAGCCGGUCAGCUACCGCCGCUUCAGCUGCACUUGGCCCUGGAUUGGAGCACGAGCACGUUCAGAUUGACGCUUCAGACCAGUCUGCUCAUCAAUCAUCCCAGUCCCGCAUUCAUGGAAUUGCCAUUGAGCAUCACGGUGACUAGUUUGGUACUGCAAGCUGGAGCGGUCGUCGCUUUCGAGCCUCUAAGCAGCGGCAAGACGGUGCACCUGUGUCUGGUAGAGCCAGAGUUGGAGCUGGAGGAUGAGGAGCUGGACGAAGCGGGAGAGAAACAGGGCGGAGCGAAUCCCGCUGCUGCUAGUGCCAGACCCAGUGCCGCUACAAGUUCAGGACCGACCCUUUCUCUAGGCGAGAAGCUCAUUCCGCACCUCACGCUGGAAAGUAGUGUGGGUCAAGCAGACAAGCACACGCUGGAAAAUGUCGGCAAGGUCGAAAAAUUCGUCCUGGAGCUGAUCAGGAAAGCGGUCGUCGAUGAGGUGAGAAGCAUGGAUGUUUCAAGCUUGCUGUCUCGUAGGCUUGUGCCCAGAAUCGUAGAGGGGACUUGCUGGCAUCCUGCAGCCCGUUUGCGCAGCGUGGGGCUCGAGACGCUGACUGCAAAUGUUUGCGCCUCUGACCCCCAGCUCGUCUUUCCAAGCGCAUACACCUUGGAACUUCCAUGA